GUUGUUCCCCCCCCGACGACCCUGUUCCACUUUGAUCAUUGUUUGGGUGGGUAUCUUCCGGGCAGUCGAAUUCAUCCCACGAAUCCAACUGCUCUUCCCGAACAAUGGCCCCCAACCACAAGCGGCGUCGCGAGGCCUUCAACGUCGACACCAAGCUGGUCGAGAUCUAUGAGGAUCUCGCCAGCGAAAAGGAUGAGAUCAGACUGAAGGCGGCGCAGGCCCUGGUGUCUCAAUUCACCUCCGACAAGAACCCCACAGAUGAGCAGAUCAAGAAGGCUCUGCAGAGACUCUUCCGUGGUCUCUGCAGCAGUCGCAAGGCCGCCCGAAUCGGCUUCUCGAUCGCUUUGACCGAGUUGCUCUCGCAGGUCUUCGGCUCUCCGCGGGACUCUUCGGAAUUGAACGUCUCCACGGUCAUGAACAUCUGGGAGUCGCAGACAAAUGCUACCGGGGGCGAGUCCGGCCAGGAACAACGUGACCAUCACUUUGGUCGCCUGUUUGGUGCCGAGGCUAUCAUCAAGUCAUCUAUCUUGUUCAAGGCCGCUGUCCCCUUUACUGAGUGGACCAAGGUUUUGGAUCUUGUGCUCGACCUUGCCCAGAAGAAGCCAUGGCUCCGGGAGGAGUGUGGCUGGAUCAUCUACCGUUGCGUCUACGAGCUUGCUGCUCAGAAGGCCGACGCCAAGUUUGUGGAAUCCGCUCUUGAACGCCUCUGCUCGAACGAGCUCGCCCGGACGCCGGAGGGAGUGGCCAUCUGGCUCGCAGCCAAGGACUUGUUCUCGGAUGCCAAGUUCCCUAGCAAGAUCUGGAAGCACGACGACCCGCUGGAUGCGCGGGAGAGAACCCAGCUGGCCAAGGUCAUGAAGGAAUCGUCUUCCGCUGAUUCCGAGAACGGCCAGGGCGGCAAUGCCAAAUCCUCAGGAGUGUGGAACUCGAAGCUCCAUUUCGCCUGGGACCCUGUCAUGACCAGACUUGGCGAUUCUUCCGCGAAAGAAAGCUCCAAGUCCAAGAGUUCUCGUCUCAGCUUCGCUGACUUCUGGACGGAAGUGGUUGACAACGGACUUUUUGCCGCUGCCUCGUCCGAUGAACGUAAAUACUGGGGCUUCCUUCUCUUCAACAAAGUCAUUGGCGAAUAUCCCCUGCCAUUGGCUUCUCUUGUCUUCACAAAGAACCUCGUCCGGUGUCUGACGAACCAGCUCGCCGUUGAGGACAGAUACCUGAACCGCAUGGCCGUCAAGGCUGCCAAGGGCAUCCAAACCCGUGUGUCCAAGGAUCCCGAGUUUGCUGCCGCUUCCGUCAAGGGACUCAUGGGGUCGUCCGGUGCCGUGAACUUUGACCAAGCCACCAAGACCAAGACCGUGGAAAAGAUCGUGGUCGAGGCCAACUUGGGCGCUCUGAAGCAGAUUGUCCCGCUCUUUGAGUCGCUCAUCGCGUCCCCGGGCACGACCGACAGCAAGGCUGCGGCGUCAAGCCGCCAGUUCCUGGCCGGUUUGUUCCUAGCCAUCGUCAGAUCCCGGGCUUCCGCUGGCGAUGAGGCCGAAGAGGGCAUGCAGAAGAUCCUGGAGAAGAUCCUGUUUGUCUUUGUCCGGUUCGCCUACUUCAAGGACGAAGGUCGCGACCAGUCCGUCGUCCCCGCCCUGACUGAGCAGACCCAGGAGCUUUUCCGGAGCAGAAUCAACUCGUGCAUCAACAGUCUCAUCGCUACCCCGAAGUACGCCGGUGUCGCGUACGCUGUUGUUCGCAAGAUCCGUGACGCCGCCAAGUCGGAGGAGCACGGCAAGUUCAUCAUCAACAUAGAGGAAGGCCCCAUUCACGACUCCGUGAAGGGCGCCUUCAAGUCGUUGAAGAAGCUAUCCAACAUGGAGAAGGGUGAAAAGGCCGGCAUCAAUGCCUUCAAGCUGCUAUACUCUUUAACAAUCCUCCAGGUGUACAACGGUGACGCCGAUGCUGCAUCUAUGCUGGAGGAGCUCGACUUCUGCUACACCAAGAUCUUCGGCGACAAGAAGUCGAAGAAGGAAGAGACCUCCGACGCGUCCGACGCGUUGGUUGAGAUUCUUCUCUCCUUUGCCUCCAAGCCCUCCCAGCUCUUCCGCCGCAUGAGCGAACAAGUAUUCGGUGCUUUCGCUACCAACAUCACCGAAAACGGCCUGGAUUCGUUGACCUCUAUCCUCGAAGCGAAAGAAAGUCUAGCCGGCCAACAAGAGAUGUUCGACCAGCAAGACGACGACGACGAAGAAGGCGACGAGUCGAUGAUGGACAUCGACGGCGCCGACGACAGCGACGUCGAAGUCAUCGAUGCCGAAGGCUCCGACAACUCGGACUCCGACUCCUCCUCCGAAGACGACACGACCUCCAACAACGGCGACGACUCGGAAGAAGCCAUCUUCGAAGCGAAGCUCCUAGCCGCGCUCGGCAACGCCCGCGCAGACGACGAAGGCUCGGGCUCGGGCUCCGACUCCGACAUGAACGACGACGAGAUGGAAGAAGUCGACACGCAGCUCGCAAAGGUCUUCAAGGCGCGCCGCGACGCCCUCGGCCAGAAGAAAGACAAGAAAGACGCCAAAGAAAACAUGGUCAACUUCAAGAACCGGGUUCUGGACCUACUCGAGAUCUACGUGAAGAAAUGCCACUCGAAGCUGCUCGCCCUGGACCUGCUGCUGCCGCUGCUGCGUCUGGCGCGCAGAUCCACCGUCAAGCAGAUCUCCACCAAGGCCGGCGCCGUGCUCCGCGAAUACACCAAGCAGUGCAAGGGCUCUGCGCUGCCGACGAUCGAGUCCGCCGAGCCCGUCUGGGAGCUCCUGAAGUCGAUCCACGCGGAAGCGAGCCACAGUGGUCCGCCGGCGCAUACCUCGGCGUGCAGCCAGGCGAGUCUGCUGGUGGUGAAGACGCUCGUGGCGCACGACAAGGAUACCAUUGCCGGCAUCGUGGAUGUCUAUGCUGAUACCCGCAAGGCGCAGCUCCUUAGCAAGAAGUGCCAUGUGCAGGCGUCGUUCUUCUCGGACUGGAACAACUGGUGUGUUUCUUUUGGAAAGCAGACGAAGAACUAGACCUAGAACUACCUAGUUGAGCUAGUUAGUUACUUAGGUAGAUGAUGCUACUUACUUACGUACACACGUAUCUACAGAGUCGGGAUGAAACCAUCCAUCCCAAGUCGUAAUAUAUCCAUCCCUCUAUAUCCGAACUGGAUC